AAUGGGAUGAUAAUCAGAUUAAGCGAUCAACAGGAUAAGAGCAGAGGCAGAUUCCGCACGAAAUCCCAUUUCUCCACGUUAGAUUUUGCUGUCACUAUUAAUUCUCAUUUCUCUUCCAACUUCAUUUCUAAAACCUAAUUUCUAUUUUGAGAGCUAAACUUCAACACCAACACAAAAGCCACAACUAAAACUGCCUUUCAAAAUGAAGCUCGUUUGGUCACCGGAGACGGCGUCAAAAGCUCUCAUCGACACCGUCAAAUCUUGCGAAAUCUUCGACGAAUCAAGCGCGGCGGAGCUGGUCUCGGCCAUGGCGGCCGGGUGGAACGCGCAGCUGCUGGUGGAGACGUGGCGGAGGGGCGGGCCCAUCGCCGCCAGCGUCGGCCUGUCGGUGGCGGCGCAGCACAGCGGAGGGAGGCAUAUCUGCGUGGUGGCCGACGAGGAGUCCAAGGCGGAGUACGUGGAGGCGAUGAGGGAGUCCGGCCGCGCCGCCGAGGUGGUGGUGGGGAGCCCCGAGGAGGCCAUGGAAGGGCUGGAAGGGAUCGAUUUCCUGGUGGCGGACUGGCGGCGCAACGACUUGACGAGAAUUCUGAGGGCGGCCAGAUUAGGGCACAGAGGGGCGGUUGUGGUGUGCAAGAACGCCACCUCCACCGCCGUCGACGAGUUCAGGUGGCGGCAAGGGAAGUUGAGGAUUGUGCGGUCGGUGUUCCUGCCCGUGGGGAACGGGCUGCACAUCGCGCAUGUCGGCGCCGCCGCCGCCGCCGGCAAGGGACAGAGCCGGUGGAUCAAGCACAUUGACAGGCGGUCAGGCGAAGAGAUAGUUUUUAGGAGAUGAACUGUUAGUAACAAUAAAUGUUAGCGUCAGGAAAUUUCUCUUCUUUUUUUCUUUUUCUUUUUUCUUGUUUUUUGGCCUUUUGUUCUCUUUUGUAUUAUUGUAUUAUACUACAAUUUUGUAUAUAAUUUUGAGGGAUUAGAGUUGACUUUUUA